AUGGCCUCAUCACGCGCCUGGACAUUCACGAACCGCGGCACCCCCCGCUCCGUCCUCUCCCUCGUCUCCAGACCGACCCCAUCCCUCCCACCAGCGCCCCAUCUCCUCGCAAAAGCCAAACCCGUCCCCGGCGCCGCCGACGGCAACCAAUGGCUCCUCGUAAAAGUCGCACACGCGGCGCUGAAUCCGGGCGGACACCUCUACAUCACUAAACUACCGGGCGCCGUGCGCGCAAAGACGGCGGUGCCGGAUUGGGACCUAAGCGGAACCGUAACGGACGAGUGGAGCCCUGAAUCCGGGUCCGGUUCAGAUGUGGUCAAGAGCACCGUCCGCUUCUCCAAAGGCGACCGCGUCGCAGCCUUCCUCCCCAUAUCAUACGCCUGGCCAACCGGUACCGGCGCCCUAGCAGAACACAUCGUCCUGCCCGCACGCUACGCCGUCCCCGUCCCAUCCCACGUCCCCCUCCGCGACGCAAGCUGCGUCAUGACAGCAGGCUGCACCGCCGCCGUGACCAUCCGCGCAACGGGCCUGAAACAGGGCGACAGAGUCCUCGUCAACGGCGCCAGCGGCGGCAUCGGGUCUCUGGCCGUACAAAUGGCGCGCGCGAUUGUCGGACCCGAAGGGUACGUCGUCGGCGUCUGUUCGGGACGGAACGCGGAGAUGGUGCUGGGUCUGGGAGCCGACGAGGUGGUGGAUUAUACUGCGGGUCGUCCGUUGCCUGUGUCGAGGGUGCUGGGGCAGAAAUUCGGGGGCGAGGGGAAGCGGUUCGAUGCUGUUGUUGAUUGUGUUGGUGUGCAGGAUGUUUAUGUGCACUGCGCAGAGUAUCUCAAGCCCGAGGGCGUGUAUUCUGCGGUGGGUAUCAAGCCGGCUGAUCAGUCCGUUGGGGCUCUUGUGAAGGCGGUCUGGCAGAUGCAGAUGAAUGCGUUGUGGCCUCGUUCGACUUGGUUGGGCGGCACGGGGAGGCGGUGGGCUGCAACGGCGAUGAUGGAUCCUGGGAAGACGUUGAUGGAGGAGGUUGUUGCUAUGCUGGCGGAUGGGAGAGUGAAGGCGGUCGUGGAGAGAGAGCUUCGGUUCGAGGAGGCUGUGGAUGGGUAUGAGAUUGUUGGUAGUGGUAGGGCACGGGGGAAGGUUGUUGUUCAUGUCGGUGGACAGUAA